AUGGCAUCGAGCUUCACGAGCUGCUUCCCACAACCCACAACACCCAUACCCUCGAUCGACGCUUCUGACCUAAGAGAUCGUCAGUCAUUUGAGCCAUCCAUUGUCACAAUGAACACCAUGGAGUUCAGCCAACAGACCCCGGAGUGGCAGCCUCCGCUCACACCCAGCCAACCCAUCCCACCCACAUCCACUCCUCGCCCAGCUACCACCACACCCAAGUCUGCCGGCGACCGGAGACCAAAGCUGCGAGCUUCGUGCGAUGCUUGUGCAGCUUCCAAGGUCAAGUGCAGCAAAGAGCACCCCAUCUGCGCUCGGUGCAGGGCCAAUGGCUCGCAGUGCGUCUACGGUGUCUCGAGGAAGCACGGCAAGCCUGGACGGACCAGGAAGAGGAACCCAGAUGGCACUCCUUUCAUCAAGGCUUCGAAGCAGCGCCCCUCACCCGAUGGCAGCGAGUUCAGCAAGUUCAGGGUCCGACCUGAGCCCAUCAUCUCUUCUCGCGAGGCCACUCCUUCGUCCAACUGGUCACCCACACCCAGUUGGCCAGCGACGCCUGAGUUCGAGUUCGAGAUGACACCAGAGCCCUUCUACCUGGAGCCAUCGGCCGAUUUCAACUACAUGGGUGACAUGUCAGCUUACAUGCCGCUCCAACCCGAAUUCGAAUCUUUCCAGCCCAUUCAGUCUGAGCUUACUUUCAUCGACCCGUUCGCGCGUAAGCAGUCGGUCAGGCUUGAUUUGCCCGACAUUCAGGCCAUCAGGGACUUUGUCACCGUCGACACGGUGAACACCACAGUGAACCCGCUGGAAUUCCCCUACCCUGACAGCAUGCCCAUUGACAAUGGCUUCCUGCCUCCGUCCAAUACUGUCUCUCCCCAUAGCCCCAAGAGCGUCCACUCUUACACCCAGAACCCGCUCCGCGUCAGCAUCUCGAUGCCCUCGCAGCACUGCUGCUACACUCUUGCCUACCAGACUCUCGAGAGCCUGCGCAUCAUCAACCCGCAGAAUUCGACCAACGUUGAGCUCAAGAGCCUCGACUCGGUCCUCUCCAUCACCAAGGAUGCUGUUGCCAACGUGCUGCAGCUCCUCAACUGCCCUUGCUCUUCCGACCCUCACCUCGCCAUGCUCUACUCCAGCAUCACCUCCAAGAUCUUGACCUGGUACCAAAUCGCGGCGGGCGUCAAGCCUACCGUCCCGUCCACGCCGCCAUCGCUCAGCGGUGCCUCGUCGCCCGCAUCUUCUGCCUUCUCCUCACCGCUCGCGACUCCCUCCGCCGAGAACACAACCUUCAACAUUGCCGUGCAGCCCAUCACCAUCGGGCUGUUCGAAUUCGACGAGGACAUGCAGCAGACGCUGCGUCGGCAGGUCGUCCUCCGCGAGCUGCGCAAGUGCGGCACGCUCGUCGAGGCGCUGGCCAACUGGGGCAACCCCCAGAAGACCACCCAGGCUGAGUACCUGUACGACGUCCUGGGUGCGUGGCUCAAGAGCGAGCUCUACAAGACGCUGCGCGAGGUCGAGGGCGAGCAGAUGCUUUAA